AAGGAAGGGGUAGGAGAGCGAGCGAAUAGAAAGCUGAAAGCUGCUUCUUUUUUCUACUCUGUUGCUUAUGAUAGUGAACUGGAAGUCUGGGCAGAUUUUGAAACUCUGAGAUGAGGAAAGAGAAUGAUUAUUUUUCUUAAGAAUUCUCUUCUUUUGAGCAAAAAUUGAAUUUUUGACGGAGAAAGGCCGGGGAAGGUUAGCAUAGGCCAUGGGAGCGCAUUCUAGCUCGGUGGCGAUAGUGCUGAUAUGCAGCUGGUUAUGGAUUGUUGGAGCUGCUACGGCCCCCACCGGCGACUUGAGGCAGCGGCUCGCCGUUCGAAAACACCUGAGAAGACUCAACAAGCCGGCAGUGAAAAGCCUCAAGAGUCCAGAUGGAGAUAUAAUAGAUUGUGUAAACAUCGCUCACCAGCCCGCAUUUGAUCAUCCUUUCCUUCGAAACCACACAAUCCAGCUGAGGCCUGCCUUCCAUCCGGAAGGCCUUUAUGAUAAGAACAAUUUAGCUUCAGAGCUAAGCAAGGAGAAACCUAACAGUUUAACUCAACUAUGGCAUCAGAUUGGGAGGUGCCCUGAGGGCACAAUACCCAUAAGAAGAACAAGGAAGGAAGAAGUCCUUAGGACUAGCUCAGUAAAAAGACAUGGAAGAAAGAAGCGAAGGACCAUCCCAAGCCCAAGAUUUGCAGAUCCUGACCUCAUCAACGAGAGCGGUCACCAGCAUGCAAUUGCCUAUGUAGAGGGAGAUAAGUAUUAUGGAGCAAAAGCAAUUAUCAAUGUCUGGGAACCAAAUAUCCAGCAGACUAAUGAGUUUAGUCUCUCCCAACUAUGGAUCUUAGGUGGCUCCUUCGGUCAAGAUCUCAAUAGCAUUGAAGCUGGCUGGCUGGUCAGUCCAGAUCUCUAUGGAGAUAAUAAUACCAGGCUUUUCACUUACUGGACUAGUGAUUCUUAUGAAGCAACAGGAUGCUACAACUUGCUGUGUUCAGGGUUCAUCCAGAUCAGUAGUGAGAUAGCCAUGGGAGCCACCAUAUCCCCUGUCUCCAAGUAUGGCCGCUCCCAGUAUGAUAUCAGUAUACUUGUCUGGAAGGAUCCAAAGGAGGGGAAUUGGUGGAUGCAGUUUGGAAGUGAUUAUGUUAUGGGCUACUGGCCUUCGUUUCUCUUCUCCUAUUUAGCAGACAGUGCAUCCAUGGUGGAAUGGGGAGGGGAAGUGGUCAACUCUGAACCAGAUGGACGGCACACUUCUACUGAAAUGGGAAGCGGACAUUUUCCUGAAGAAGGAUUUGGCAAAGCAAGCUAUUUCAGAAACAUACAGAUAGUUGACGAGUCAAAUAACCUCAAAUCACCUAAAGGGAUCGACUUAUUCACAGAGCAAUCAAAUUGCUAUGAUGUGCAGAAUGGAAAUAAUGGUGAUUGGGGCAGCUAUUUCUUCUUUGGUGGACCUGGAAGAAGCCCCAGUUGCCAAUAGCUUUUCUUCUCCUUCCCCAUUGUACUAUUAACUACUCUAAUUUGAAGCUUAUGGACAAGUAAAGGAAAUGGCUUCUUUUGUAAAUGCAAGAAAGAAGCUAUGUGAAUCAACUCGUGCUAAUUGGUGUGUUUUGUGUUUGUCUUGUUAAGGUUUGUUUUGCUUUCAUUUUCAGUUGUAUCUAUUAUUUUUAUUUGAAAUGAAUGAGAGGAGAAAACUAAAAUA